AUGACCAAGUUCAUUCGCAAGUUGUGCGGAAGGUUUUUGAAAGUUGAAGCACUGCAAAGCCGAGCGGUGGAUGAGAUCCACUACAAGGAUCCAUCCAACCAACUGCCAGGAGAUAUCACGCCACAGCAAGUGGAGAGGUUCCAUCAGGCAGCCCUGGCAUUUCUAAUAGGGGCAGUUGAGUAUGCUAUUGCGAAACUACCCCUGAAAGAGACCCUGCUGAAACAUGCCAGGUUUGUUGAUGUCCAGCAGAGGACUGAGUGUGAAGUGAAUGAUGCUGCAUACUUUGUGGAAAGGUUUCCUGAACUGCUUCCAUACCAUGGACCCCAAGAGCAUGAUCAGCUGAGUGAGGAGUUCCUGGACUACCAGUUAAUGGACAUCCCUAUGCCCCAAGACCCAGCCAUGUUUGACAUUGAGGCUUUCUGGGGGAAUAUAACCGCACUGAAGAAUAGGACAGAGAGUGGUGGAUUGAUAAACAUGGGAUCCUUUAUCAGCUACUUCUUUGGUGAAAACUCUACUGAGGUGACGGAUCUGCAGGAGUCUGGGACGUCAAGCCCAGUGGAAAGUUCAUCACCAAAUCCUGAAACUGAGACAAGUGAUCUUCCACAAACCCAAAACGAGACAGUCAAGCUCCCAGACAUUCAAAAUGAAAACCUUCCAGAUGGUAUCAACUCAUUCACCUCAACUUCUGAUCUAACUGGGGAAGCAGAGAAAAUAAACAUCUUUGUGAAGCAUGCUGGGAAAUCCCAGGAAUUCAGUAUAUUUCCCUUAGAGAAAAUCUCUUCCCUGCUUCAAGAAGCCUGCAAAAACCUGCACAAAAAGCCAGAGAACAUGGGGCUUAUUUUUCAAGGAGAACGUCUGGAUGUGACAAAGAUGAAGUGUCAUUAUCCAGAACUGAGAAGAGGGGCAACAGUGCAUCUGAUUCGUGUUAGCUAAAAGAUAAUCAAUCAGCAUUUUAUUAUACUGAACUUGAUUGACAUCACUGCAUUAUACAUGCCAGAUAAGCUCUUUUAAUUUCACAGUGUUCUCCGUUAAUAAAACCAUGAACAGUUGUGCAUCUGUAACACAUCUACUUUAUUAGUUUAAUGUAACUAAACGUGCAAUAUUAUUAAUUUUAAAUCUAUGUACUGGUACCAGGGAUCAAAUGUCUUUUUAAUUCAUGUAUUUUUACGCCUCACAACUGAAGUGCCAUGUUUAGCCCCACACCUACAAGAAUUAAAAAUGAAACCGAUUUUACAGAAUGCUUAACAGAGGUACAACUAAACAGAGCUACAAACCAAUAAGGUAAGCAAAAUAAUGAGGUGACCAAAACAACAGAAACAAGGAACAAAUAAAAGACACAAAAACGUCCACAGCCUGCAAUGGAGAAAGUGAAUAGAAAAAGGAUCGCGCAGCUAUACCAGAAAUCCAGAACAAGCAGGGUCAGCAAUACAUGAGCUGCAUCCCAUCCUACAGAUUGGUCCAGCCUGCAUACAGUGUGGGACUAAACGUCGAGCCAGCCUCAGGAAAGGGCGUUAUCAGGGCGAUUCCCUUGUGACACCUGAAAAAGGCUGUGACACUUGCUGAGUUCCCAGAAAGAGAUAAAAGUGUGUUGGCCUCAUACACCAGCAGAAAACUGGUUGCCAAACGAAGAGCUAACAAAUCAGUGAGGGACAAACAAUGAUUAAAAAAAACACUUCUAGCUGAAGUGAUUAGACAAGAUGCAGGUGACUGUCAGUUAAGAUAUGUAUUUUCUUUUUUCUAAUUACAGUGCAGUUUUCUUUCUGCUUCUUUAAGCUCUAAAAUUGAUUAUGCAUGUUUACUUUAACCAAACUGUAUUUACAAACUUAUAAUUACAAUAAAUGCAAUGAGUGCAACUACA